AUGGGAUGGUCACUUACUCAACGAAAGAGGCUGGCAUUUGAAAACAGCAUUAUCAAAACAUAUUUCCACCCCGACGAAAUAGAAUGGAUUGACCCCAAUGAUGAUACAAAACUCGAAAUUGAUGUAACUUGUAGCAGCGACAGCAAAUACACUCUCAGAAUAUAUCUCCCAGCCGAUUUUCCUAACUCGUGUCCUGCCUUGGUCGUUCGUUCAUCUAGUGGUUUGCUUAGAAGGAAAAAUGGCACUUUCUUGAAUAGUAUGAGUGGCACAGAUCACACGUUAUCGAGCAAAGAUGGUUACACACAAAUCUGCCACUUCCUUCCUCGCUCGUGGAAAGGUGAUAAAACGUUAUUUGACAUAAUUAUGAAAGGAAGGGCUUGGCUGAAGGCUUAUGAGAUUCAUCUUCAGACUGGAGAUUCCCUUGAUCGUUAUUUACAAGCUGACAGUAGCAUACUUUUAGAUGGAGUCAUCAACCGACUUUAAAGGAAGGCCGAAGGAAACGAUUGUACACCUUGCUGAGGAAACAAAUAUACUUCUGAUCACUGUCAUGUUAGACAUACCUCAUUAAGUAUUAUUUGGUUGAUACACAUAAGAUGAAUAAGUUCAUUUUAAGAUGCGGUUAUCAUUGGGUAACUUGGAACAUGCAAGGAACAGUCUUAAAGGCGACAGUAGUCGAAGUAUUGCGGCGUCUCUCAAGGACUUGAAAAUGUCUCGAGCACAUAAAAGUGGCUAUUUCUUGGAAUUCAUGAGGCAGAAAUUUGGAGACAAAUGUCUGCUAUAAUAUUCUUAACCGUACAAAAACACAUUGUAGAUAUAAGGGACGGUAAUGGCAAAACUGCUUCCAGACUGACUAUCCUCAACUACCCUUGUGGGUUCUGAAUCAGUUGUACGGCAAUCUUCAAUUCAAUCAGUGAAGGGCUUCAAGUGGCCUUAAGCAAAAAUAUAGGGCUUAAUAUAGGGACAAUUUUUCAAAAAUAUAGGGCUAAUAUAGGGAAAAUGGUAAAAUAAUAGGGAAAAUAUUAAAUAGGGAUUUUUUAAAGCUUAUUUUAUCCAGUGCCAGUUUUGCAACUCUGCAGAAGGUAAGGAACACAAUACAGUUUAGUCCAACAUUGUGAACACUAGUAGAGAAUAAGGUCACUAACUUUGAGCACGUAAAAAAAUGUACCUAGAUUAAUACACACACUGACCCUAAAGAAUUUCUGUGAAAAUGCUGUUAUUGUGUUUUGCAACUGUUAGAAUUCUUUCUAGGUGAAAUAGUGAAAUUGGUAUGCCUAUACAACUUUAACCUCAUGUUUACUCCUCUUUUUAUUUUCUGGCGGGUAGCUCAUGCUGUGGAGUUUUUCUCACAUUGAGAGGGCAUGAAGCUGGUUUGUUUUAAACCUACUGAUUUCUGGUGGUUUUUGUUUCUGACAGAAUGUCACCACUUUUGAAGCGUAAACCUUGAUACUGCAACUCAAUAACCUUUUGAUAAAGGAUUAAGUUUCUAUAGUUUGCUCCAUUUGCUUGAAUGUAGAGUUGUUUUGUCCCUUUAAGCAAUGACUCCCUGCUAUAUUUUGUUGGGCUGGGUCCAGAGUUUUAGAGAUGCUUGCAAGAUGUAGAAUUCUCAUGAAGAGUGAUCUACAGAUCCAAAAGAAGGAAUUAUAGCUUAAACUCGAAGCUACACCAACAAACCAAAUAUGGAGAAUUGUACUUGACGACUGAUACCCUCCACUUUUUCAAGUUGUGGAUAACGCGAAUCUUUGGAGUGGAGCACAGUGUCUUUAAAUGUAAUUCCUUUUGCUUGCGAAUAUUCAGUUAAUAAAAAGUGCCACCUUCUGAUCAGGCAAGACCACGGUUCUGGCUCUCUACGUGAAUCGCAUCUUAACAUUUGCAGCAUUGGUUUUGUCCUCCGUUGCAAUUAAAGGAGCAACAUAAGUCUUGAGAAUGGUAUAGUCAUUCUGUCAGACUGAGCUUUAACCUUGCACAUUAUUAGAAAUACUUCAUCACAGAUUGCAAAUUUUUAUUUUCCUACUGUCUACUUUAAAAGCAACCAAUUAUUGAUCGAUCCCUUUCCAUUUGAAAAACGAGUGAACACAAAGUUGCCGCAUACAUACUCCUUCUAAGAUCUGAACAAUAUCUGAAUAAAGAAUCACUGCUCACAGCAGCAUCAAAUUAACUACACUUACAUGCACCAAUAAUAAACUUAUUACCAGUGUGGUCUUGGAUGGUCCGAAAAAUUCACUGUCUUUGUCACAUUCCACCAACAGAAGAUCAUGAACUUCAGUCUAUUUUUAUUUUCUGAUGGAAUUAUAACGAUUAUAGGGCAUUUACAAACUAAAUAGGGAAAUAUAGGGAAAGUUUAAAAAUAUAGGAAAUAUAGGAAACAUGGCGACACUUGAAGCCCUGUCAGUGUUUUUUUUUUUAACGAAGCUGCACUGACCAUAAACAUGCGUUUAACAUAUAACCGUCUGCAUUAAUUCGUUAAGUUAAGGCACUAGAUUUAUGCAUACAAAUACUAACAUCAUAAGAAUGAAGGAACAGGCUUAUAAAGAGAAAUAGUGGAAAUUGAACUGCUAAGGAUCUAACUGUCCAAAGGCUUUGAGCGAAUUUGAAAUCGAAACAUAUGUACCACUUAACUCUAAAAACACCAGAAGAAUAACUCACAAGACUCAUGGGACGAGAACACUUCGAAGCGAAAGCGAUUUACAUCUAGCUGACAUAAAAUUAUUUGGAUUUUACUGUGCAAGGCAGAUAUAAUUAAUAUGCAUUGUGAAAUAAAAGGAGCUUUGACAUAAACAGCACAAAGAGAACGUCGCCUCGUAUGAAACCAAUGUAUUAAAACACCAUGAAUGCCAAAAUGUUACCUUCAGUCAAUGCAACAGAAAAAUACACCUUGAAUGUCAAAAUGCCACUUCAGUCAGUGCAACCGGAAAAAAAAUAUAAUAUUCAUGAAUGUGCUAUUCCGUGUAUAGACUAAAAGGCAACAGACUUACCUUGACUAUUAUUCUCAAACUGAAUAAACGUUCCACGAAAUCAACCUGCAUUUCUAUUCAAUAAAAAGCCUCAAUAGGGGUCAGUAGACUACCGGUCUUUCCAAGAAUAAACUGUAUACGAUGUUCUUUGUUAUCCGAGUAAAGGCUCGGAAAGGAAGCGAAAAAUAUGUGAAAUCAAGAGGAACAAGAACAUUUUUGUCACUAUGCAGAGCAAAGCACUCCUUAAAAAUUUAUUCUGCUUUAUGAUCUGUCCAUUUUUUUUUGGGCUAUGUAUUAGAGAAGGUUCAAAAUUCAGAGGCAAGAAAGUUAAACUUCUGCGCAUGAGCGCGGCUACUGAAAUUCCAAGAAAGUGAAAUUUGAAAUGCAAAUAUAUUUUUUGAGAUAAGCACUGUUUUGUUCAAUUAUUUUGUGCAGACCAGUGAAGUGUGUAAAUAGGGAUAUAACAUACUAUCGGAUGAAACUAUACUGCCGUCUUUUAUCAGUCACCUAUUGCUUCCGAAUCAUGCCUUGGUCAGCAAUUCAACGACAAAGACUGGCAUUUGAGAAAUCGCUGCUGGAUCAAUAUUUCCGCAACAGAGUAACAUGGAUUGAUCCGACAGGAGACACAAAGGUUGAGGUCCGAGUGACUUGCAGCAACGAUAGACAGCACACUUUACGAGUGUACCUGCCGUCGGACUAUCCAAACUCUGUUCCCGACAUGAUAGUGAAAACCCCUGGAAUGACCACGCUGAAAAGUCGCAGCGGAGGUGAGAUGUGUGGAGGAAGCACUGACCACAUUUAUGGGAGCCGUGAUGGCUGCACACAAAUUUGCCAUUUCAAGCCGGCUUUGUGGAAGGAUGAUAACACGCUGUAUCAAGUGAUUAUGAAGGGUAUGAUAUGGCUGGAGGCAUACGAGGCCCAUUUACGAACGGGAAGAAAUUUAAAUGCUUAUCUGGCUGAGAUGUGA